AUGUCGGAGAUUCAUUUACAAGAGCUGGAUGUAGCAAAAUUUCUCUUGACAUCGGGAUUUCCAUUUCGUGGACAUGAUGAAAGUGAAGGUUCCGAAUAUAAGAGUGCUUUUCUUGAACUUUUGAAAUGGUAUGGGGAUAGAAGUUUUGAUGUGGGAAGAGUAAUAUUAGGUAAUGCUCCACAAAAUGAUAUGAUGAUUUGUCCGACAAUUCAAAAAGAUAUUGUGGAGGCUUGUGUUAAAGAAACAACUAAGGCCAUUAUUGAAGACUUGGACGGUGAUUAUUUUGGAAUAUUAAUUGAUGAAUCAAAGGAUGUUUCUCAUAAGGAGCAAAUGGCUCUAAUUUUGAGAUAUGUCAACAAAAGUGGAAUGGUGAUAGAGCGAUUCUUGGGUAUUGUCCACGUAAAUGAUACAUCUUUUCAAUCAUUAAAAAAGGCAAUUUAUUCUUUGCUUUUGGAUCACUCAUUAUGUACAUCCAAAAUACGUGGUCAAGGUUAUGAUGGGGCUAGUAAUAUGCAAGGGGAAAUAAAUGGUCUCAGGUCUUUGAUUUUACAAGAUACGUCAUCUGCAUAUUCUAUUCAUUGUUUUGCUCACCAAUUGCAAUUAGCACUUGUAGGUCUUUCCAAAAUGAAUUCGGAUGUGGAUAAUUUUUUUUAUGUUCUCACUAAUAUUUUGAAUACUAUUGGAGCUUCAUUUAAACGCAGAGAUUCACUUCGACAACAUCAAGAAGAUAAGUUGGAAGAGUUGCUUAAAUUUGGAGAAGUUCAUACAGGGCAAGGUUUGAAUCAAGAACGUGGCCUCCAACGACCGGGUGAUACUCGUUGGGGGUCUCAUUUUAAAACCUUGGACAAUUUCCUGAUUCUUUUUUCUUCAAUUGUUAAUGUGCUUAAGGAUAUGAAACGUGAUUGUCCAUAUCAUCUUGAUAGAUUUGCGGCGGAAAAUCUUUUGAGCAAGAUUCAUGAAUUUGAAUUUGUCUUUAUGUUGCACUUGAUGUUUAAGGUGUUGCUAUUGACGAAUGAGUUGAAUAAAGUUUUGCAAAAGAAAGAUCAAGAUAUCGUUAAUGCUAUGGGAUUGCUUGACCUUUCAAAGAAACGAUUGCAAAUGAUGAGAGAGGAUGAAUGGGACUCUAUGAUGGAUGAGGUUAGCUUAUUUUGUGGUAAACAUGGUAUUUCAAUUCCCAAAAUGAAUGAAGGCUACUCUAAUGGGAAGUCAAAGCGUAAGAGGUCCAAUAUUUCAUAUUUGCAUCACUUUCGUGUGGAAGUAUUGUAUGCCGUCAUUGAUUUGGCACUUCAAGAACUCAAUAAUCGUUUUGAUGUGGUGACUAGUGACUUGCUCCUCGGUAUGGCUCGUUUGAGUCCGGUUGAUUCAUUUGCUAAUUUUCACAAGGAUAGGAUAAUGAAACUAGCCGAGUACUAUCCAAGUAAGUUUGGUGAUAAAGAGCUUCGGGAACUCAAUUUUCAACUCGAUGAUUUUAUUGUCUAUGCUCAAAAGUGUGAUAGCAAGUUUCUCAACUUGAAGGAAAUCAAGGAUCUUGCAAGAGUGAUGGUAGGGACAAAACUAGAUCAAACUUGGUCACUUGUGUAUCUACUUGUGAAGCUAACUUUAAUUAUUCCUGUUGCUACCGCAAGCGUGAAAAGAGCAUUCUCAUCAAUGAAGUACAUAAAGAAUGAUUUGCGUAAUAGGAUGGAUGAAGAUCUUUUGAAUGAGUUCGAGAGAAAAGUAUCUGAAUCGUGUGGUUUGACACCCACGACCGCGAAGACUAAGAAGAAUGGUUUACGCAAACGCAAUGCAGAUCUUGCGAUCACGAAGACCAAUUUUAGUGGCAUUUGCAAACAUGAUUCAAAGAUCGCAGAUGUGAAGAACAAGCUAGCUGCACCAGCAAAGACUAUACCAACCUAA